AUGGAAAUCUCCCAAUGUGCGGUUCCCGCUGUUUACGUUCUCAUUUUCUUUCUCGGUUAUCCCUCACAAUGGCUACUGAUGCAUCUGGAGCCCGCUCCGCUCACAAAAAACGAGCUCAUUGUGUCGAAUGUCCUCUUGGUACUGAUUCUAAUCACGUACACGAAGAGUGUCUUAGUUGAUGCGGGAACGAUACCGAAAGAUUGGGCUGGGAAGCAAGAGUUGGACGGGGAGAAAGGGAAGGGAAAUGCUGAUCUGUCAGGUAAAGAGACCGGGGUAGACGGCAUAGGAAAGAGCCGGAAAUGGUGUCGAAAGUGCGAUGCUGCAAAACCACCUAGAGCCCAUCACUGUAAGGAAUGCAAAAGAUGUAUUCCCAAGAUGGACCACCAUUGCCCCUGGACAAACAACUGCGUUAGCCACACGACCUUUCCUCACUUCGUGCGUUUCCUCCUAUAUACUACCCUAGGACUCUCCCUCCUCCAAUCAUUCCUCUUCACCCGCCUCUCUCACCUCUGGUCCAAUCUGGACAUGCCCUCCUACCUCGGUCCCUCACCCUUCCAACUAGGCCACAUGUUUGCUGUCCUAAUCACAAACUCAAUCACCCUCUUCGUCCUGGGUGUCCUCCUCCUACGAAACCUCUGGUGCCUUUCUAUCAAUCAGACAACAAUCGAAGGAUGGGAGAUCGAACGCCACAAGACCCUCCUACGCCGUGCUCGCCAAUACGGCGGCUACCUCACCACCCCAGAAGGCAACAAGAUGCGGAUCCGGAAACAAGAAUUCCCGUACGAUAUCGGAAUCUGGUCGAACAUGGUCCAGGGUAUGAACUCAAGGAAUCCAAUAAACUGGUUCAACCCUUUUGCUGCUACACCCAGUUUGAGUAGUGGUCUGAGUUUCGAGACGAACGGCUUUGAGGAUGAGGGCACGGUUUGGCCGCCUCCAGACCCAGAUCGUGCGUACAGGAGGAAUGCGACAGCGGUUAAUGCUGAUGCAUUCCGGUAUGCGGAAUCAGAGCUGAACGCAGAGGACACUGUGGCUGCGUUCAAGGCGAGACAAGCGGAGGAUGCAGUGAGGAGAAGGAGGCCGUAUGCUGGAGCGACGGAUAGAGAAGAGGACGAUGCUGAAUUGGGUAGAAAUGAAGAGGACUUUACGUACGGGGAUGAUGCGAGCGACGAAGUUGGAUACGAAGAAGAAGAAGAAGAGCUUGAGAGGACAAAGGGUGGCAAAGGGAGAGAAGGCGAGGCAGCGUGGCGAAAUUCAGAGGGCGAGCGAUUGAAGGACUUCGGGGUGGAUGAAGAUGUAGAGUUCUACGACGAGCAAGACGAUGACCUGCCAUUGAGCGAACUUAUCGCUCGAAGACAAGCCGCAGCCGCAGCCGCAGACAGUCACUGA